UAUAAGUGGCGCGAAUUACGUUACGAAGUCUGGGAAUCGGGCUCAUAUUUUGUACGAUCGAAAUAAUGCGUAGACUAAAACUAAGACUUAAGUAAUUUACUGACAAAGCAGGCCUUUCCAUCGUUGAAAAGUUCCAACUUCCAGAUACGGACGCCAGUAAUUUUUUCCGGCAGUGAAUUAGCCGUCAGAAAGCAAACACAUGUCUCGAUCCAGAAACGUUCAAUUUGGAGGGACGUUAAAUGUUGCAUCUUCUAAGGAAGCUAAUCUCCCGAUGUCUGAAAUGUCUGAUGGGAUAAGUGAGGACACGUCUUCCCUAGACACUCUGCUGAGCAAGUAUGGCAGCAGCAAGGGAUCAGUCCAUCUGGCCCAGCAAGGAGAAUCCUCCACAGACGACUACGAAGAGCAGGGAAACAGGGAAGAGUACUCCAGUCAGUUCUUGAGGGAAAUCAGAGAACGAGCUCAAAUUUUGAGUCGUAAUGCGGCAAAGACUCGCCAGGCAGCCUUGCAGCAUGUUGUCAACGCUGAAUCGGCUAAAAAAGUCAGAGGAGCUCCCUCCGUGGACUUGUUUGUUGAUGUCAUCAAGAGAACCGACAUCUCCGAUGAAAGCCAAACGGAAGCUGCUGCACCUCCGAUUGAUGAUGAUCUGGCGGCGUACUCCUCGGAUGACCUCCUCCAACCGGUCGUUUCUCUUGACUCCACUCCCUGGGGUGUGGAAAAUGAAGACACUCUAAACACUUCCAGUGAUUAUUAUAGAGGCCUUCAAAUCGAGCCUUGGGGAACGUCUACGACAGAGUCUUGUGAUGACAAUGACAGUGAUGGCAGUGACGACAGUGACAGUACUAGUGAGGAACUGAUUGACAGUGAUGAUAAUGAUGUUAUCGAUGGGAAAGGAGAUAUGACCAGGUUAACCAGCGAUUUAAAACAUUCUGAACCAGUCGUACCACCAGGAGAUAUUUCAGAAGAUUUUGUUUUCACGUCAUAUGCAAUUGGUGAGAAAGGAGAAAGAGAAACUCUAGGACACGAAAGCCCGGAGCGGCACUUGCAGUUUCAGCCUGAAAGUCCAGCUCGAGGUUUGGAAGGUGCUGAAGGAGAUACUGGAGAAAUCGGUCAUUGGGUUGAAGACGCUUAUGAUGAAGAAAAUGAAGGAGACGGCAAAGAUGAAGAGGAGCAGCUUGAGGAGGAUAGGAGAAUUAACAGAGUUGACUUUUUGUCCGUACCAGCUGAUGUUCAGGAGCGCGUUUCCUCGUUCCUUGAUGGUCAUCGGGUUGAAGAAGCUGACGAUGAAGAAAAUAAAGGAGACGGCAAAGAUGAAGAGGAGCAGCUUGAGGAGGAUAGGAGAAUCGACAGAGUUGACUUUUCGUCUGUACCAGCUGAUGUUCAGGAACGAGUUUCCUCAUUCCUUGACGAGAUGCUAGGUCAAGAGGUCGAGGAGGCAGGUAGGUCAGAAGAAAGCAGGGAGGAGGAUGUAAUGGACAGCAUCAGUCAAGAAUUGUCAUCUUGGGGUGAGAAACACUUGGUUGAAGCAGCUUCAAGAGAGUCAGCAUCAUUAGAACAGGUCACCAAAAAGGUGGAGAGGUCUGAAGAGAAGAGGCAGGAUGAUGAUGAUUUGAUUGACAGGGUCAAUCAGGAAUCGCCAUCUCAAGCCGAGGUGGCUUCAAGAGAGUCAGUAGAACAGAUUGCUAGAAGUGAGGAGCGUCUUGAAGAUGCGGCAGGUUGUGAUGUGAAGAGCAAGGUUGGAGAUGCUUGGGUUGAGACAAAGGAGCAGAAGUCUGUUGGAUCAGUCGAGCACUUGUCUUCACUUACAGUUGAUGAUGAGGGUCCUGCAGCUGACACUACGUGUAGUCAAAUUGCUCUGACAUUUUCUCUUGGAGAAGACACCAGUGAGGUCGUCAUUGAAGAGAAAACGAGGCAGGAAAACUUGAAGAGUUUGAUGGAAGUUGAGGUCAGAUGUGCCAAUAAUGAUGGGUUGGAAUUAGAAGUCCUGGAUGAAGGUAACCAGGCGUAUCUCAAAGAACAGCAAAGUGGUAACUCUGACAAAUUAGGAGACAUUUGCCUACAUCAGUCCAACUCUUCAUGCUUUACAGAUCCAAGCAACUCAGUGACCAAAGAACCAACAUUUGAGGACUCCCAAGAUCCAAACCAAGACACCUUGCAUUCAGAGGCAGGAGCGACACUCUACAAAAACCAACAUCCAUUCAGCACUUCAGAGCAACAGCCGGUGAAUUCAAAAUCAACUCACUCAACCUGUUCAGAUGCAGUUGCAGAAAUCUCAAAAACUGUGGAGUCUAGCCCAGGGGAGCAUUACACAGAGAUAAGUGAACAUGCUGAAAAAUCAAAGACCUGCUCUGAACAACCAUGGAAAAACGUUCCUCCUGAAGACAAAUUGGUCAACGUCACUGGUGAUAAAGAUGCCACGCACAAAGUUGUUCUUGUGGAAGACCACUCGAGGUCAGUUAAACAUUUCACCACACCCAGGCAGCAGCCAGAAGUGAGAAAAUUACAAGCAUCUCUCAUUCGAGACGGUGCGUUGGACCAAUCUGACAAGCUCUCUAGUGACGAGCGUCUGAAGGGACCAGGUAAUGUUCGGAGCCUGAUCGCAAGGUUCAACAGCCAGAGCAGCGGCAGUGCCAGUCCUGUGGAGUCCCCGCACUCUGAUAGGUCCUUCGAGUGGAACAUCUCCACCCUGGACAGUAGGCGGAAAGGCAGGGAAAGAUUUUCAAGCACCGGUAGCAACAGCUGUGAUGCUGACAAGACAAAUGUGACCUUUCAGCUUUCAGCCAGCAAACCAUCAGGCGAGACGACAAACAAUCCUCAAGACAUACCCUGGAUGCGGGAACUGCGAGAAAGGAGGCGGCAGCGAGAACAGAAGACAGUCUUGGGGCAGCUGCCUCCAAACAGCAGAGGGGAGUCUGGGAACUAGGCAGACUGUCAUCUCAAAAGCAAUACAAAGUGUGAUCCCCCAAAAAGGCGAGGGCAAAUACUGUUCCUUUUAAUUAUAUGUCAACUGGCAAACUUAGCAGGGUUUAAAAAAAAAGACACUCCUCUCUGAUGGUGCUUUUAUUUCAUCCGAUUUUCUUUUGGCGAUCCAGAGAUAUGUCCCGGCAAGCAUAAGCACUCAAUUCCGAGUUGGUGACACUUUUCAGUACACUCCACAGCAUGUUUCAGUGCACAGUGCCGUCAGGAUAAUCUCAGACUGUAAAUGUGAAAUGUACGUCUUCUUGUUUCGAUUAGGUCCAGCAAGCAGACUACAGACUGGCUUUAACAAAAUUUUAAGUCCUUGCAUUUUACCGGGACGAAUCUCUAGAUUGCCAAAAGCAAACAAAAUGAAAGAAAAGCAUCUUCCAGCAUCAUCUGCCCUUGUAGGUUCUAAAUACCCCCAGCUGGCAUUUCUGUGUCCCAAAUGGAGAGUGUUUGCCCCUUGCCCUCCCCUCCUGGAGGGGGCACACUAGUUCUUACUGAAUCAUAUUCAGGGACAGACAGGCUUAGAAUACAUUCCUUUUCUCACCUCUUCCUAGAGUAUAAGUAUAUUCCCUUUAUCUCGGUUCUAUUUUACAUGUAACUGCUUUGCUGGAAUGUUAAUCUGUUGAGGCAGUGAAAAUGAUACUAGAUCAAGGGUGAAGUGGGCACCACGGCAAAGACGUCAGAAAUGGCCAAAGACUGCAAAAAUGACUAAAUCUGAUUUUUUUUUUAAAAAUAAUCACAGAUUUGUUUGACCGAAAAUUCUGUCAUAGUUUAAACUUCACCAUAUUCUUUUUAUUUCACUUUGCACCAUUAGUGCAUUAGUUUAUAUCAAAAAUAAAAUUGUGUGUACAUAUUUCAUGAACAGAUUUUGUAGUCUCAUAUAUUUUGACAUCCAGAUUUAUAAACUUUGUAUUCGAAGUUAAACACCUCUGUAGACAUUAUACAUAUGUGACCCGCCACCCCAAAACCAGGCUGACGUAGGUAACUUCAUAACCCUAAAAUAAUGGAACUUCCACUCUUCAGAUUUUCAUGGGCG